AUGAUGAUGAUGAUGAUGAUGAUGCUCAAUGAAGGUUUCAGGCUCCUGAUGUACCAUUAUACAAAGACAGUGUGCUUGGUUUAUUGUCAGGUUACAGAACAUUUGAAUAUUGAAGAAGUGAACCGUGUGAAGAUGGCUGCUCCUGUGAAAUUAUUGGAGCCUCCACUUAAUGAGCCGCAGUCUGAUUUUGAAAAGCCAUCUCAGGAAGGGGCAGAAGAAAGCAAAAAACCACAGCUCAACUAUGAGCUAUUCUCUGUUGCUAAAGAAGAUCUCCAGUUCCUUCAAGAGAAGGCAGUUGAUAGACUUGAGGAAGAAACAGAGAAUCCUGAAGAGGAAGGUCCUGGGCAUACAGAAGUGCCUAAGGUAUCAUCAGGACAUCAAAGGGAAGGCAUCUUCCAAAACAGUGACCUAGCUUGUCAGAAGGGUGAAAUGUCUCAAAAAAACAAUUUAGAAAGACCCUCUGAGAACAAAAAGACAGGGGUCUCCAGAAAGAGAUGCUGUAAUUUAAGAGACUUACGAGACACUGCAGUCUCAGAGAGAACCUCACAAGAACAGAGUCCUCACCAGUGCACUGUAUGCAGCAAGAGCUUCAGCCGCAGCUCCAACCUCCUCCAGCAUCAGCGUGUCCAUGCAACAAAGAAGUCCUACGAUUGCAUAGAGUGUGGAAAGAGCUUCAGCCGCAACUCUGCUCUGAGUCAGCACCGUGAGGUGCACCGCGGCGAGCGCAUGUUUCAGUGCACGGACUGUGGUGACCACUUCACCCGCAGCUCCAGCCUCACUCUCCAUCAGAAAACUCACCUGGGGGAGAAACCUCACGUGUGCAAACCAUGUGGGAAGCGCUUCCGCAAUGUUCUUGAGCUGAUGUCUCACCAACAGCUACACACCUGA